AUGGCCGCCAUGGGUAGAAAGGCACCCGCCAUCGUCGGCUUUACGGCCCUUUCGGAGCAGGUGUUCCUGCGGCCCCGGGCGCGGGCCGACGACGGCGCGGCGUCGGCAGGGGAUCCCGGCACCGUCAUCAUCUACGGCUGGGGCGACGGUCUCCCCAAGCACGUGGCCAAGUAUGCCGACGGCUACCGGCAACUCUACCCGGCGGCGCGCCAGGUCGUCGUGCUCUCGCCCAUCGCCAAGGCCAUGUUCUCGGACCUGCAGCAGCGUUCGGGCCACAUGACCGACGUCGUCGACGCCGUCUUCGACGGGGCCGAGAGCGAGGAGCACUCGAUCCUCGUACACACAAUGUCCAACACGGGCGCCGUCAACUACGCCGCCACGCUCCACGCCUACCGCGAGAGGUACGGCAAGCCGCUGCCGCACCGGGUGCUCGUCAUGGACUCGACGCCGGGCAGCACCGAGCUGACGGCGGCCAACGUCGGACGUUGGUCGCGCGCCAUGGCCCUCGGCACCGCCGCUUCCUUCCCCUGGCCCUUUACCGUAACGCAGGCCAUCUGGGGCCUCGUCCUCUGCCUCUCGAGCGCCUAUGGCUGGAUCGUCGGCCGGGAGAGCGCCGGCUCGUGGAGCAGGCGGGCGGCCAACGACGAGCGGUACGAGACGAAGAGCGCCCGCAAGCUGUACCUCUACAGCAAGGACGACGACCUCAUCGCCUCCGACGACAUCGAGCGGCACGCGGCCGAGGCGAGGCGGGACGGGUGGGAGGCCGACACGGAGCUCUUUCGAGGUAGCGGCCAUGUCGGACACAUGCGCACGCAUCCGACGCAGUACUGGGCGGCCAUUCGGACGUCGUGGGCGGCCGCGACGGCGGCGUCGUCGUCGUAG